GACCAAUCAGAGAGCAGCUUUCAGAACCCGCCCCUUUUCCUGUCAGAGACUGUUUCCGCUUCCUAGACGUUUUGUCCCACACAGCGCUCCGUACAGACAGCUGACAGCAGACUGUUGUGGAAAUUAGCCUCUAUUAGCUUCUGUUAGCUUCUGUUAGCUUCUGUUAGCCUCCAGCUCCGGACAGCGGCUCAUCUCGUCUUUAUCAGCCGGGUUAUAGUUCUCAUCAGCAGGCCACUCAAAGCAGCAGGAGGUCCAGCUCUUUGUCUUUCCUGCGCUGUGAUUGGACGGUGAGGUCCUGCGCUGUGAUUGGACGGUGAGGUCCUGCGCUGUGAUUGGACAGUGAGGUCCUGUCAGCACUGAAUGGCUCAGUGAGUCCAGUCUAAAGAUGAACUCAAAGGGAGGCGUGGCCGCUCUGACCCGUAGGAACUACCGGCUGGCGUCGGACACUGACAAACCCAGAAGCACAGGUAUUGUUAACGAGAAGCUGCUGA